GUGGAAUGCGCCAUUAAGAACUUUUGGAAAGCGCGACAGUCGAACACGUGAGAAUUCUGAGAAAUUUAAAACCUCGUACCAAAUUUUCUGGCUUGCAGUUAUAAUCGCGAUAGUAGUAAUUUCAGAUCACUUGAACAUAUAAGUUCAUAUCCUAGAUAGAGGAAGUCGACGAAGAUGCCGAGGAAACAAAGAAAUCGGUACAGGAGAUUUAAUUUUGGGGCAGCUAGCCGAUUCAACAACAAAGACGCGGUGGAGGACCGCCUGUUGUUUCAAGGACAAGAAGCCGCUUGUGGCAGCGCCCAGGCUAUGCCUGCGGUGGCUCUUGUGGGGGAUUCCGUGACACCGAGCUGGGGUGGAGAGAACAGCUGUAUGGCUCAGAAUGGCCAGCAUGCAGCCACAGCACUGUCCUCAGAAGGUGAAAACCAAGCGUCAGUUAGUCAAGAGGCAGCUAAGAUGUCUGUCCUUCUUGAAGAGGACCUGGUGACAAAGUGGUGCAGUGCCAAACAGCAGCGUGGCUUUGUAGAGGACAAAGACUUCAUCAGCUACCUCUUGUUCAUUGUUAGUGAAUACGAGACAAUGACAGGGACCUUUGUGCUUCAGCCCGUCCCUACGCCGAAGAGCCCAACCAAACCAGUAACAAGACAACAAGCAUCUAAGAAAAGGUCGUACCUGUUUGAUGAACCAGAUAAUGAAGGCAAGGAGAGAGCCAAGAAAGGCAAGAAGAGGAAGAAACAGUCCAAAGUAGUUAGAGCAGCAUCCCCUCUACUUGUAGAUGUGCCACCAAGACCCAAGAGUCCCGUGAAGGAGCAGCUUACUGAGAUUUGUGAGGACAAUCCCAAGAAAGAGGUUGCUAAGAUAGGUAAGGACAGUCCCAGGAAGGAGCAGGUUGCUGAGAUGUACAUGUAUGAGGGCAAUCCUAAGGAGAAGCUUGCUGAGGUCUGUAAGGACAAUCCCAAGAAGGGGCAGGUUGCUGAGAUUCAUAAGGACAAUCCCAAGAAAGAGCAGGUUGCUGAGAUUUGUAAGGGCAGUCCAAAGAAGGAGCAUUUUGCUGAGAGGUAUAAGGGCAAUCCUAAGGAGCAGCUUGCAGAGAUUUGUGACAACUAUCUUAAGUAUGGUGUUAAGAAGGAGCAGCUUGCAGAGAUUUGUGACAACUAUCUUAAGUAUGAUGUUAAGAAGGAGCAGCUUGCUGAGAUUUGUGAGGACAAUCCACUAGAUUUAUCCAUCAACUCACACAAGGAAGAGAGUGGUGAGGGUAAAAACACUGCAAACACUACCGGUACCAGUGAGCUACAGAAGAUCCUUACUGAUACCAAGGUGACAUCAGGCUAUGACAUGGAGGGUCAAAACGCCAUCCCCGAAGAGGCCAUACUUGACUUCUCCACCAAGAAAACCAGCCCUGAUGCGAACGCCAACAUAGCUGUGUUUGCAGAUAAGAAGAAGAAGAAAGGGUUCCCCUGUGGUGUCUGUGGGAAGGUGUUCUGUAGGAGACAGCACCUGGCACGGCACAUGCGCACUCAUGCUGACGUCAAGAUGGAAGAUAAGAUGGUGCCCAAGAUGGAAGAUAAGAUGGUGCCCAAGAUGGAAGACAAGAUGGUCCCAUGUGAUGUCUGCGGGGAGGUCGUCUCAGGUAAGGAGUGGGGCCGCCACAGGAAGACUCAUGAUCAAGGUCAAAUUUUCCAGUGUUCGUGGGAAGGCUGCAGCCUGGCUUUCAAGGACAGGAAGCUGUGGCAGGACCACAUGUCCUUCGUGCACAAGGGUCAGAGGUCGGUGCCGUGCACUUGGAUCGGUUGCGACAAGACUUUCCCCAAACACUCCCAGAUGGAGCGUCAUCUGAAGGUCCACAUUACCCCCAGGCGCAUGUUCUCCUGCCCCGUCUGCCACAAGGUGUUCAGACACAAGCCCAACCUGAGUGUGCACAUGCGAAUGCACAGUGGGGAGACGCCCUUCAAGUGCCCCCACUGCGACUACAGGGGCAGACAGCAGAGUGCUCUCAAGUGGCACAUGAAGAAGCACCACGACACCAUCGUCACGUCCUUCGUCAGCUUCAAGAUGGACGAUGCCGCUGCUGUACCCGAGCAGGAUGACCUGACCAGCAAACUAGCGGAGAAGAUGUGGCGAGAGUCAGGUCCAACCUCGGCUCGCAUCCCACUUGUGUCGUACAUGUAAGAGGUUUCACGUUCUUGUUUGGGUCAUCAUUUGGUCACAGAUCCCAAGGUUUGCCCCUUACAAGCCUAUCAAGUCUCAACGGGUGGUUAUCAGGACAGUAUUCUAUCAUGAACAAAAUGUCAUUCCGUCCAUAGUCAUUCUGAUGGGGGUAGAAGAUGACGGUUUUAAGAUAUUUGCAAUACACCAUCAUAUGAAUGUUGCCUGGCUUCCUUGUAAUGGAUACUGUCUUAUUCUGUUCUUGGAUUUGAUUAUGAUAGUUAUGACUUGCAAUAUUGACUUCAAAUCAGGACUUAUACAUUACUACAUCCACCCAAAAGCCAUACAUUCAAAUGUAGCCAUACUUUUUAUCAUACUAUUAAUAGCCAUGCAAUAGUAGCCAUACUUCUGUAUAGUAGUCAUACUUCCCUCUACAUGUAGUACAUACCUUUGUGGAUUGAAGGUGGUAGAUGUUUCAAGUUCAAGGAAACUGCCAUGUAAAUCCACAGAAAAUGACAUGAAUUUCAAAGCAGCUUAUGAUGUCUUAGACAAGAUUUGAGUGCCAGUACUUCUCAGGAAUUUUUUGUGCUAUAAGGAUGAAAUUGCUGGGUACUAGUAUUACAUCAAUCCUCCCCUUCAUUGUUACUGUACUA